UUAAUUCACCACCAGACUUUCUAGAACCAGGUCUUUACUAGCGUACAAGCGCCGCACAGCUAUUAGAUCUCCAAAACCCUAACAUAAUCCCCCCAAUCCGAAGAACCCUCGAUGUUCUUCGCUCCUACACUCCCCUGAAGUAGUUUUCCUCCCUCAACUGGCUCUUUCUAUCUAGAUUUUUUUUUUUUUCGUAGUGGUAAAAUGGAGGGCCUCUGUUUAAACGCCGUCGUUUCGGAGAGCUUCAUGUGCUGGGUGAUGCAAGUAGUGGCGGUCGAGACAGCCAUUGUCUCUGUAAACUCUCUCGCUUGGUCCCUAUUGAUGAUGGGAUCUUUGCCUAAUGUAAUUGAUACUUCUCCCAAAGAGCCUGAGACUUCUGGAGGGUUUCCGCUUGCUCAGCUUCAUGCAGUGAGAAAACCUGAUCCUGGGAACCAAGACAGCAGUGAUACCGAGGAUGACGAAGAUGACGAAGGUGAAGAUGCUGCAGAUGAUCCCAAUGAAGAUGGAGGGGACGAGGAAGAUGGGUCAGAAGACGAGGAUGGUGAAGAUGACCCUGAGGAUGACCUGGCCAAUGGAGGUGGUGGUGCUAGUGGAGAGGAGGAGGAUGAGGAGGAUGACGAUGAAGAUGAAGAUGAAGAUGGGGAAGAAGAUGAGGAAGAGGAGGAAGAAGAAGAAGAAGAGGAAGACGAAGAAGAGCCUGCUCAGCCACCGGCUAAAAAGAGGAAAUGAGGCUAUAUUUUCUUUUUCUUUUUUAACCUUUUUUAAUUUGCUUAAUGAGAGUAGGAUUGUGGGUUAGUAGGAGUUCAGGAUUGGUGGGUUGUCUGUCUGAAUUAGAACUGAAGAUUGCAACAUUCUGGAUGAACUUGUUUAUUUCAAUAUCAAA